AUGGCUAAUUCUGCAACAAUGAAUACUACAGGUACUAUAACAUAUCUCAUGUCUCACCUAGUGAGUAAUAACUGGAUUAUAGAUACAGGUGUUACUAAUUAUAUGGCUCACAACCUCAAUCUACUGAGCAAUAUUAGAAAGCUAUCAGAUAUUGAUCAGAACUCAGUUCAACUUCUUAAUGGUGAAAAGGUUAUUAUCAGCCACACUGGUGAUCUAUCAUUGUUUAAGGAUAAAUCAGUACAUCAUGUACUUUAUAUUCUAGAUUUCAAGUUCAAUCUGAUGUCAGUGUCAAAAAUCACAAAAGAGCUAAGAUGUCUAGUGGCCUUCUUUCCUGACUUCUGCAUAUUUCAGGAGCUCUUCACUGGGAAGGUGAUGGGGAUUGGUAAAGAGGAGCAUGGCAUCUACAUUCUAGAGCACAAAGAACAAGAUGUUCCCAAGCAACUGCCAGAUUCUAGGCCAUUUCAUUCAAGUUCUUCUGUAAAUACUACUAGUAGUGAAUUUCAAACAAAUAAUGCUAGUGCUGAAAAUAAGAAUACAUCUGAAUGUCCAAAUGAGACUGUUUUGUGGCAUAAGAGAUUGGGUCAUGCACCACUAAGGGUUCUAAAAAGGAUACAAAGUUUACCAAAUGUUCAAUUGAAGGACCAUUUCUGUACAGUUUGUCAUGUUGCUAAGCAAACUAGAGUUCCUUUUCCUUCCAGUAAUGCAUGUUCUAUUAAUGCAUUUGAUCUCAUACAUGUUGAUGUUUGGGAGCCAUACAGAGUAUCCACUCACAAUGGUAGGAAGUAUUUUAUGACCUUAGUGGAUGAUUACUCAAGGUUUAUCUGGCUUUUCUUGAUGAAUGACAAUGAAGAAUCUAUUGUGAUUCUGAAAAACUUUCUGCUAUUAGUCAAAAAUCAGUUUCACUGCAGUACCAAGUGCUUAAGGUCAGACAAUGGCACAAAAUUCUUUAACAAUCAGGUAACAGGACUUCUACAAGAACAUGGCAUAGUUCAUCAAAGAUCUUGUGUAUACACUCCUCAACAGAAUGGCAGAGUUGAUAGAAGACAUAGAUCUAUUCUUGAUAUAGCUAGAGCCUUAAGGUUUCAGGCUUGUGUUCCUUUACAAUUUUGGGUAGAGUGUGUUACUACUAUUGUGUACAUUCUAAAUAGGUUGCCCACUAUUGUAUUGAAGGGUGUAUCACCUUUUGAAAGACUAUUUCAUAGGUCCCCUUCCUUACAACAUCUCAGAGUCUUUGGGAGUCUGUGUUAUGCAACUAACUUGAAGAAAACAGAUAAGUUCUGCCCUAGAGCUAUUCUUGUUGUUCAUCUAGGCUAUUCCUCUAGUCAAAAAGGUUAUGUUCUAUAUGAUCUGAGCUCCAAACUCUUCUUUGUUAGUAGGUACACUGUGUUCAGAGAAGGUAUCUUUCUAUUCAAACAUCUACAUACAACUCCAUCUCCCUUGUUUCCAAUUCUAGAUUUCAGAGAUAUUGAAUGUCCUAAUCUGUCCUCUUCUGAUGUCUUCACUCAAUCUUCCUCUUCAUCUCCAUCUCAGCCUCCCUUGAAUGCUUCUCCUAGUUCUCACUUUCCUUCUCCACUCUCUUCUGAUCAUUCUCCCUCUUCAUUUUCUACUUCUCAUUCUUCCUCUCUUUCUCUUCCUUCAUCUACUUAUGCUGACUUAAGAAGAUCUUCUAGAGUGUCUAAACCUCCUAUAUGGAUGGAAGAUUACAUUGUAAUGUCUAAGAUCUCUUCCUGUGCUCACCCAAUCUCAUAG